CCAACAGACAACAAACCCGGUUAGAGUGAGAGAUAAAUGGCGUUUGCCUUUCGCAUCUUUUAGUGUCGAUGUGUGUGCGCUUGGUGUGUAAAUAAUAACAAAAUCGUUACAAUAUUUCCCCGUUACGAGAAAAAACUUUGAACACAACACAUACACUUACGCACGUCCGCAAAUACUCUAGUUACGUUUUACGUUUCUGUUCCCGGUCAACGGUAGCAGCUACGACAGCGGUCGUACACACUUUCACACGCGGAGCGCGGCCACAGCCGACAUCUUAGCAAACUGGAGGACAUGACGCAGCAACCGAACGCCAACGGCCGGUCCAAUGGGCCCGGCCGGGAUGACGACAAGAAACUAUUCGUCGGCGGCCUAGGUAGGACCAUCAGCGAGAAAGAAUUGCGCGAGUACUUCACGCAGUAUGGCGAGAUCGAAAACAUCAACAUCAAGACCGAUCCGUUUUCCGGACAGUCGCGAGGGUUUGCAUUUGUGCAGUUCGUCAACGCCAAGACCGUGGACGAUUUGUUGGCCGCUGGUGAUCACUUUAUUGCAAAUAAAAAAGUUGAUCCAAAGAGGGUAACAAAGAAAGUUAAUCCACUGCGUUGUAAAAUUUUUGUUGGAGGCUUAACUACUGAAAUGACUGAACAAGAUGUACGGAAUUAUUUUGUUCAAUUUGGUCAAAUAUCCGAGUAUCAACAACCUUUUGAUAAAAUGAAAAACCAAAAGAAAGGUUUUUGUUUCAUAACGUUUGAGGAUUCCGAAGUCGUUAAUCAAGUUUUGAAAAAUCCCAAACAAGUUAUUAAUGGUAAAGAAGUAGAUGUAAAAAAAGUCAAGUUCAAUCCUGAAACAAUGACCGCUCCUGGAACCAGGACUGGUGGUCCAGUAGGGGCUACUAGAGGAGGAGCACCUGCUACUUUUGGCUUGAGACCAGCAUAUGCCGGUUAUAUGGCACCAGCAGCUGCUGCACCCUAUGGUACUGCUGCAGAUUAUGGUUAUGCUGCUAAUGCUUAUGAUGCAUAUGGUGCAUAUGGUGGAUAUGACUACUCUGCAAUUGGCUACGGAGGAGGAGGCGGUGGUGGCGGCGGCGGUGGUGGUGGUUACCCAGCACAAGCCUAUGGAGGUGGCAAAUAUCGAGAAACAACAUAUCCUCGACAUGCGCCUUACUGAAUUUAAGACGCAAGUAUAACGUUUGACGAAUAAUCCUGGUGGACACAUUAAGACUGUGUUAUUAUUAUUAUUCAAUUUUCACCGCAUUUCUGUAUGAUAUAAAAUACUACCAUAAAAACAUAACACAAAAUUAUAUGUUAUAUUAUACAAUAGUUUGUUAUAAUUUAUAACAAAAUUAUAAGCCUAAUUGAACAGGUCAAAUAUUAAGGUCUAAUAAUGAUGUAAAUAAAUAUUUAUAAUUUUUUUGUAUAUCAUUUUAGUAACCUACUAUGAGGUACUUUGAAGUUAGUGACUAUAAAAGUAACUUCAAUUUAAACCUUUACCUAAAUGGCAUCCUUGACAUUUGUAACUUUUGAGUUUCCUUAAUAUGUUGAAUAUUUGUAUUUUGUUGUUGAAUAAUUUUGUAUAAAGUCAUUAUAUUUCUGGCUUCUACUUAAUUUAUUCUGGCUUUGUGAAUAUUAAUCUACUAUAGUAGAUCUAAAAUUAUAUGGUCAUAGACUUACUAUUUCCAUGUUUGUGUUGAGUGCUAAUUGCUUAACAAACAUAAAUUAUAUUUUAAUAGUCAAUUUUUUUUUUGUUUUUUUUUUUUUUUUUUUUUGUAUAUAUAUUUAUAUAUACAGAAAUAAUAUAUAUAUUCUAAAAAUUGGAGUUUUUCUCGUGUGUUACCACAUCUUAAGUAUUAUGUUUUCAAGACUUGUUUCUAUAAAAAAUAUCAGUUAAAAAAAUUACAAGGGUUUUAUAUAAUAAUUUAAUCUGGUCUUCUGAAUAUAUGUCUGUUCAUUAGGUUGUAUUAGAAUUAAGUUUGAUUUCAAUUCUUUUCUUAUAAUAUUCACGUUUAAUUAAUUUUUGUGUGCUUUUUCAUAAAUAAUAAAAAUAUAAAAAAUCCUAAACAAAAAUAAUAAUAUAAUGAUGUUUUUUUUGUUUUUUUUUCUUGGUCAUGUUACAAUUAUUUGUCAAACUUUUUCCGUUUGUAAAUAAUGUAUUGUAAAUUAUUUUUUUAUUUUUUUAAACCUAUUUUUACUUAAGGUUAUUCGUUUUUUUUUUUUUUUGAUAAUUGAAACAUUAUUGAGUUAAUUUCAUUGUUUCAUUAAAUAUCAAUAAAGCAACUAUUAUUGAUGACUUAUAUAUCUAGCUUAUAAUUUUUAAGUAUCAAAAUGUGAACACUACAUGAUUAUUGCCUAUAUUGUACGUUAUUUUAUUUGUACAACAGUAUUUCAUUUUUCAACUAUAAGUGAAAAACAAUUGAAUUGUCUAUUGUUUUUAAUUUAUAAUCUUGUGAAAUUGGUUAAUUAAAUACAAAAAAUGUAUUGAUAA